GCCGCCCCUCCGCAGCACCCUGGCCCGGCUGCUGCCAGUGGGGUGGGGGUGGGGUCCCCGAGGGCUGUGCACCCAAGAUACUGCAUGUCACCACGCCAAGCUUUGGGUGUAUGCGGAAGCCCAGAGGCGAGAGAGAGGCGGAAGAAAGGAGGCCGGGAGACCUUUGGCGUGAGCAUGAGGGAAGGGGUGCGCGCCGUGCCGAGCGGAGAUGGAUGUCCUUGGGUACCUGCGCGAGCCUCGGAGGCGGCGGGGUCCAAAGUCCCAGCCCUCACCUAUCCUCAGCGCCUGGUCACCUCUCACCCUCCCCCAUCUCAGGAUGCGGCUGGACCGCCGGGCCCUCUAUGCGCUAGUCUUGCUGCUCGCCUGCGCCUCGCUGGGUCUCCUGUACGCCAGCACCCGAGACGCGCCAAGUCUCCCGAACCCUCUGGCAUUGUGGUCGCCCCCACAAGGUCCCCCGAGGCUCGAUCAGCUAGACCUUGCCCCUGAGCCUCGCUACGCACACAUCCCGAUCAGGAUCAAGGAGCAAGUGGUGGGGCUGCUGGCUCAGAACAAUUGCAGUUGUGAGUCCAGAGGAGGGCGCUUUGCUUUGCCGUUCCUGAGACAGGCUCGGGCGAUUGACCUCACUAAAGCCUUUGCCGCUGAGGAGCUGAGGGCUGUCUCGGUCGCCAGGGAGCAGGAAUACCAGGCCUUCCUUGCAAGGAGCCGGUCCCCGGCUGACCAGCUGCUGAUAGCCCCUGCCAACUCCCCCUUACAGUAUCCCCUGCAGGGUGUGGAGGUGCAGCCCCUCAGGAGCAUUCUGGUACCAGGGCUAAGUCUGCAGGAAGCUUCUGUUCAGGAGAUAUAUCAGGUGAACCUGACCGCUUCCCUAGGCACCUGGGACGUGGCAGGGGAAGUAACAGGGGUGACUCUCACCGGAGAGGGGCAGCCGGAUCUCACCCUUGCCAGCCCGGUUCUGGAUAAACUCAACCGGCAGCUGCAACUGGUGACUUACAGCAGCCGGAGCUACCAGGCUAACACAGCAGACACAGUCCGGUUCUCCACCAAGGGACAUGAAGUUGCCUUCACUAUCCGCAUAAGACAUCCUCCCAACCCCCGGCUGUACCCACCACCACCCCUAUCCCAAGGAGCCCAGUACAACAUCAGUGCGCUGGUUACCAUCGCCACCAAGACCUUUCUUCGUUACGAGCGGCUACGGGCACUCAUUGCCAGCAUCCGACGCUUUUACCCUACGGUCACCAUAGUCAUCGCUGACGACAGCGACAAGCCGGAGCGCAUUAGCGACCCCUACGUGGAGCACUAUUUCAUGCCCUUCGGCAAGGGUUGGUUCGCAGGUCGGAACCUGGCGGUGUCCCAAGUAACCACCAAAUACGUGCUGUGGGUAGACGAUGACUUUGUCUUCACGGCGCGCACGCGGCUGCAGAAGCUUGUGGACGUGCUAGAGAGGACGCCCCUGGACCUGGUAGGGGGCGCCGUGCGGGAGAUCUCGGGCUACGCUACCACCUACCGGCAGCUGCUGAGUGUGGAGCCGGGCGCCCCAGGCCUUGGGAACUGCCUCCGGCAAAAGCAGGGCUUCCACCACGAGCUCGUUGGCUUCCCAAGCUGCGUGGUCACCGACGGCGUGGUCAACUUCUUCCUGGCGCGCACAGACAAAGUGCGCCAGGUGGGCUUUGACCCACGCCUCAACCGGGUGGCACAUCUGGAAUUCUUCCUGGAUGGACUUGGUUCCCUCCGUGUUGGCUCGUGCUCUGAUGUUGUUGUGGAUCAUGCGUCGAAGGUGAAGCUACCGUGGACAUCAAAGGAUCCAGGGGCCGAGACUUAUGCCCGUUACCGUUACCCGGGAUCACAGGACCAAAGUCAGGUGGCCAAGCAUCGCCUGCUCUUCUUCAAGCACCGGCUACAGUGCAUGACCGCCGAGUGACGUCUGAUUUGGGCCUUCACAUCGUCAGGCUGGGCCUGCCUCCGUGUUCCUACCAGGAAUUUCCAGCAACCACCCCUGUCCCCAAUCCCUGAGCACCACUGAUGAACACUAAUGGGCUUCCCGACCCUCUCCACCAAUCUGAUUCCUAACAGGGGCUUGUCCUGGUGACACCCUUCCUUUCUGUGAGUGACCAGAGGGGCCUGAUGGAGCCAAACCCUCCCCCACAGCCAGUGCCAAGUCCUCCCCCGACCCCAUUCCUAUGGGGCAGGAAUUGGGGAGGUUCACUUUCCAAGUGCCAAAGAGCCCAGAAGGACUCUAAGACCCUCCUGAGGUGGGCAGGGAAACUCCCAAUCUGCAACCCCAGGGACACGCACCCCACCCCAGCUCCGGAUCCAGCACCGUGGGUACCGGCUCCAACAGAAAGCACUGUGACUGUAGUUCUGUGGGGCUGGUGAACACACGGUGAAAGCCA